AUGGAUGCUGAUGGCUACGCAAUACAAGGCCGGAGACGAGGAGGUACAAACCGAGAACCGGUGCGCGAUCGAGACCAAGAGUCUUUCCUCAGAGAGGUUCCAAGGUAUGCAGGUACAUCCGAGAACUACGACAGAGCUCAUGCUCAACGCUACGGCCGAGAGGAGGGGUUGGGACCCGACGGUAAGCACAACCAUGGAUCAUAUCAAUUCCCUCGUGGUACCGACAGACAGAAGCUGCAUAGCCAAUACAGUGCCAGCACAAAGGGAAGAGACGCUGCACGCGGCGCAUACCAAAAGGGUCUCGGUGCCGCUCAAGACGGAGCCGAGAAAACUUUCAACGAGCGCAUCCUCACGGCUACCAUAGCAUGCAGGACCAACAAGACCAUCACCGACUAUGCAGACAAUGCUUAUGGCGAGUACGAGUAUGCUAGGGACCAGCAAACGCAUCAUGAGAGGUAUCGAUCGUACUCAAACGUCGAUGAGAGAAGAGACCAGUGGGGAAGGCCGGUGUCUCAUCGUUAA